AUGAAUGAAAAGGCACUGAAUGACUUGGAAAUAGCUUGUGCAUUAGAAGAGAUUUUUGGUUUACCUGAUGAUCCCGAUGUGUCAGAUGAUAAUUUGGAAUCCGAUGAUGAAGAUGAGCAGUACAGUACAGUGAAACUUCAAAGAAUUUUAGAGAGCCUUGAUGAGCCUCAUGAUGGAAUUCUAGCACCCACACCUGAUCCACCUGAUAGUCUUAUUAGUAAUAUAAGUAAUGCGUCUGUUGAAAACCAACCUAGUCCAUCACCUCAACCAACCAACAGUGACCGGCUUAGGCGGGCAAGAAUAAUCCAAAAUGCACCCAGUACUUCUGGCACUCAACAGACCUUACGGCGACAACCACAAUCACCAGUAGCAAAUACUAACUCAGAUUCGGAAACAGAUGAUUCAGACGGCGAAGAGGAAACAUGGAAAAAAACUAUGUGGACAACUGAUCGGCCAAGUCCUAGCGUUUACGAUGAAAUUCCGAUGGAACCGGCAAUUAUGUUUAGCAGCCGUACUAGACCUGUAACUGUAUUUGAAAAAUUCUUCACUGAUGAAGUCUACGAUUUGAUAAUAUAUCAAACAAACUUAUAUGCAGAGCAAAGGAAAGAUGAAGGAUGGACACAAUUAGAUAAAAAAGAACUGAAGGCCUUUGUAGGGAUUUUUAUAAUAAUGGGAUACAAUAUUCUGCCUUCUAUUGACCUUUAUUGGUCUUCCGACCCUGGUUUCAGGGUAGAUGAAAUAGCAGAGACUAUGACCGUAAAGCGAUUCAAGAAGAUAUUGCGAAAUCUGCACGUGAAUGAUAAUACACAGAUACCAGAUAAGACAAGCGAGAACUAUGACAAACUUUACAAAAUACGCCCAUUAUUGGAUCUUAUCACUCAGGCAUGUCAGAAAAAUGCCAAAGACUCCUCAUCCCAAAGUAUUGAUGAAUCGAUGAUUCUCUUCAAAGGCCGGUCUUCCAUGAAACAGUAUAUGCCUCUAAAGCCCAUAAAAAGAGGUUACAAGGUAUGGUGUCGCUGCGACAGUAAAACUGGGUAUCUCUAUGAAUUCUACAUAUACACUGGAAAAUCAAAAACCGGAACAGAGGAAGGACUAGGAUCCAAAGUUGUGAAGAUGUUGACUGAAAAGCUGAUAAAUAAAGCACUGGAGGAAUAUCAUAUUAUUAUUACAUUUGACAAUUUCUUCUGUGACUACACUCUAAUGCAAUAUCUAUAUGAAAAUGGCAUUUAUGCUACAGGAACUGUACGAAGACACAGAAAACAUCUGCCUGUACUUGUAAAAACGAAUCAGAAGCUUGCAAAAGGACAAUAUAAAUGGAGAGUCAAGGGAAAUGUAUCUUUCUUAGUUUGGCAAGAUACCAAAGAGGUUCUCCUAUUGAGUAAUGCAUUCCAUCCAAAAGUUGGCAAAACCACUGUCUUACGGACUCAGAAAGACGGCACAAAACAAGAAAUCAACUGCCCGUUAGCAAUAAAGGAGUAUACUAAAAGGAUGGGAGGCGUUGAUCACUUUGAUCAGAUAAAAAGUACCUAUUCAGUAGGCAGAAGAAGUAGGAGAUGGCUUCAAAAAGCGAAAGAAAAGUAUAAAGCAAAACGAGCUAAAGAAAGUGAAGGUGAUAGAAAUAGUCGAUUACAGAAACGACGGGAACAAUUAGCGUCAAAAACACCUGAGCAAUAUGAGGCCAGGUUAAAAAAGCAACGUCAGCGAUAUACACAAAUGACGGCGUCAGAAACGCCUGAAGAAUAUGAAGCCAGGUUAACAAAGCAACGUGAGCGAUACACACAGAUGAUAGCGUCAGAAACGCCUGAAGAAUAUGAAGACAGGUUAACAAAACAACGGGAGUGA